ACACACAGUUUUUUUUGACAGUUAGUAAUUGAAAAAUGGGGAAAAUAUUACCAGAGUCGUCAAACUACAUCAUCACGAGAUGUGCUUCCCCGUGGAACGUUAACCUCGAAACUGUCAUACAUAGGUGCUUGAGCGUAUUAUAAGCAAAAUUUGGUUGACUCAAAGAUUAUAUUCAAUGAAAUUAAUUAGUUGUUUCUUGUUCUGUAGUAUAAUUCUAACUGUGUGUGCACAGAGAAUAUCACACGAAAAAUGUACAAAUGGAUUUAAAUACAUUUACGUAAACUCAAAACUUAAUUGGGUGGGACUUGGGUGGGCUUGGACUACUCAAGGAUUCAGGAGGCACAAUAUAACAAUGGCCGUAAACUUUGCUACCACCGCUUUGGAAGACACAGCAUUCUUGGGAUCGUUAAAGAUCAUUAGAUUUCAUCUUCUGAAACAACUUGCAGAUGAAAAACAAUGGAAUAUAGUUUAUGAAGUCAUGUUUCCAAUUCAAAAUCCAUUACCAGAAGUUACGCAUGUUGUACUAAAUGGCGAUACCCUUUGUGACGAUACAGAAAAGGAAUAUAAUGCGGAGAAACCUUAUUUAGUUAAAUUACGGUUGACGUAUAAUGCCUACUUAAAGGAACAAUCAUAUACAUCUGAAUUAACAACAAAACCUGAACCUGCUCCUAUUACAACAAAUAAUAUUGGACCAUUGUACAGUGAAGGAAGUGACACACUUGGCUGUGGAAAAGUGGACCUAUCAAAUAUUUAUGUUCCACUAGUACUUGAGGGUACGACAAUACAGAGAGGAACCUGGCCAUGGCUUGUAUCAGUAUACUCAUAUUCUAAAGUUAGACUUGGCUUCAGAUGCGGAGCUACCCUAAUAUCACAUAAAUUGGUUGUUACUGCUGCCCAUUGCUUCUUUGACAUCUACAAUCGAAAAGUUAUGACAGAAGAUGUUUUACUUAUUUUGGGACAGUACAAUCUGAAAAGACCACAAGAUACAGGAUCUGAAAUUAUGUAUCCUGAAAGUGUCAAUAUACAUCCUGAUUAUCGAAAAAGGAACAGCAUAGAUUCCGAUAUUGCUGUUGUGGUAUUAGCAGAUAAUGUGCGAUUCACAGCCUACAUCCGACCAGCAUGUUUGUGGAAUGAAGGCGAAUCUAAGGAAACCAUUAUUGGUGAAAGAGGGCUUACUGCUGGUUGGGGAAGAGAUGAAAACGGAAAUUUCUUCACGGAAUUGCCUAAGCAAAUCGAGCUUCCUGUGGUGUCAGAUGAGACAUGUUUAAGGUCUCAUGAAGCUUUCCCCAGGAUAACGUCGGAAGUGACCUUUUGUGCGGGAUGGCGUAAUGGCACUGAAGGACCCUGCAAUGGUGAUUCAGGAGGACCUCUUGUUUUUGAAAGAAGCGGACGUUGGACACUUCGCGGUGUGGUUUCAACAUCCCUCUCAACAGAUGGAAGUAACACCUGUAACCUCAAUGAAUAUGUAGUGUUUACGGAUGUUGCAAAAUUCAGAAAUUGGGUAACAUCUUUCACUAGUGAAACUGAUAUAUAAUAUAUCACAUAUUGUACAUAAACAAAUACAUUCUUGAUAUAAACGUAAAUAUUCUGAAAUAUAUUUUCGGUUUUAAAAAAUCA